UGUAACAAGUAAUAGCAAGAGCGCAGCCUGUGGUAGGCGGGGUGAGGGGGAUGGGUCGAUGAAUGAUAAGACCAGGAGGGAAGACGGUUCGAUACAGAGGUGAGUGCUAGUGAUGAUGACAAUGGCGCAUGUAGGGGCAGUAUUUGCAGCAAUAGCAGGAGUGAUGGCCAUCAUUUUGCACUCCUCCAUUCACAAGAUAGAAGAAGGACACCUUGCUGUGUACUACAGGGGUGGGGCAUUACUGACUUCUCCCAAUGGUCCUGGAUAUCACAUUAUGCUGCCUUUCAUUACCACCUUUAGAUCAGUGCAGACUACUCUCCAAACUGAUGAGAUCAAGAAUGUGCCUUGUGGAACGAGUGGUGGUGUGAUGAUCUAUUUUGACAGGAUAGAGGUUGUUAACAUGCUGGUCUCUUCAGCAGUGGUGGACAUUGUGAGGAACUAUACUGCUGAUUAUGACAAAACUCUAAUUUUCAACAAGAUUCACCAUGAACUCAACCAGUUCUGCAGUGUACACACACUACAGGAGGUCUACAUUGAGUUGUUUGACAUUAUAGAUGAGAACCUGAAGACUGCAUUGCAGAAAGACCUUACUGUUAUGGCACCUGGACUUACAAUACAGGCAGUCCGUGUUACCAAGCCAAAAAUCCCCGAGUCUAUCAGGAGGAACUUUGAACUCAUGGAAGCGGAAAAGACUCGUCUGUUAAUCACAGUUCAGACUCAGAAGGUGGUGGAAAAGGAAGCAGAGACCGAAAGGAAGAAGGCCAUUAUUGAGGCUCAGAAAAUGGCCCAGGUAGCAGAGAUCCACUUCCAACAGAAGGUGAUGGAGAAAGAGACAGAGAAGAGGAUCUCUCAAAUAGAGGAUUCUGCCUUCCUGGCAAGGGAGCGGGCAAAGGCUGAUGCAGAAUUUUACACUGCUACGAAGUUGGCUGAAGCAAACGCGUUGAAGUUAACCCCGGCGUACCUGGAGCUGAUGAAGUACCAGGCCAUAUCAGCUAACAGUAAGAUCUACUUUGGCCAGGAGAUCCCUAACAUGUUUGUAGAGGGAAACAACAGCCCCCCUAAGUCUGUGCACGCCGCUAAUCUGCCCAAUGCUCAACAAGACUUUCUUAAAACGGAGGGGCAGUGAGUCCACAGCUCUGUUUCUGCACAGGACAGGAGAACCUGAUGGGGAACCUGUCUUGUCUGUGAGGCGGAGAGCACUGAAAUGAAGAUAAUGGGUGGGACGGCUUUGCAGCUAGUGUGGUAAACAAACACACUUAAGUCUUAAAUCUAAAUGGCAUAGGAACAAUUCAGGACAAGCAGAAUUGAGAGCUUGGAGAGGCAAGAUAAAAGGGAACUUCUUUUUGUUUUUACCUUCCACUCUUUGCGAGUUGUAGGAAUGAGAAUGAUGCCAUAGUUAAAAAUUAAAAGCAUAAUAAAUGCUUAUGCCUGGAAAGGCGACGGCAAGUAGUCGCCCUAAUUUACAUGUGCUUGCAACCAGUGCAGUGUUUAACUUUGCUGUUGGAUCUGCAUUUAUUUUGUUUGUUGUAUGCAAGAAGAGUGAUUUGUGAUGAAAAUUAAUAUGAUUUUUGAGAAUUAAUUUCUGGUUUAGCUGAACUGGAAUCUUGACAGGUGACACUAAUUAAAGGCGGGAUGCUUUGUGUAAGUGUGUAACGUGGGUAGGUCAUCUCUUUGUCAUCUUCUCCUACACUAAAUCACUAGUUGGCUCUUCUCCCUUAAUACAAGUCAGUGUGAGGACUGUUUUAAUCCCACCUCAGAGCAAAUGCUGCUUAUGGAUGAACUUAAAAUGGUUAUGACAGGUUAUACACAGCAGUUUAAACAUUAUACACGCAGAUAUUUCAGCAGUCGUUCACCACAUAGAGCCCACCUACAUUUCCAGUUGGCUGAAAUCAAGCAGACUUGAAAAAUGAGCUAUGAAAAAAAAUGUUUUAUAUGUAAACAUUCUACAAAAUGGCCUGCGUACAGUUUGAUACUAUUCUACAGAUACUCAAGUCAUUUAAGUCGAGGGCUUUCAUCAUGUGGUGGUGACAGAUUGGUAGUAAUGUUGUUUAUCUUCUGUUUGCUUGGUGAAAUUUUGCUGUUAUUAGUUGUGGUUGAGAGCGCAGCCACCACAGUAAGACUUAAGAUGAUGCACUAAGACCUGCUUUGGCAUUUACUGUGAAGCCAUCCGAGGAAAAAGGUUCUAGUGCUGCUAAAAGAAAUUCAGAUUUUGUCUUUUAAGAGUUGAGUAAUAGUUAAAAGUUUAAUAUGUAAGUGUAACAACAAAUCAGUUGAGUAAUGGUGCCACUGGAGGAAGUUGUGAUUUGUAUUCCUUCGUCAAGAAGUCCAGUAAGUCUUUCUUUCCUCCAUCUGGCUUUGAUUAUCAGGGCCAUGCAAGCGGAAAUUUGUAGUGGCUUAAUUCAGAUGAUUAUUAGUGCCUGCGAUUGUCUGCCAACUGUGUUGUUAUACAGCUUAUUCAGAUGUGGUUGGAAUGUAAACUCUCACGAGACGGACGUUUAUUUUAAUAAAACAGCUGCUCAAUGUCGUACAGAGCUUACCCUCUUCAAAAAUCAAAAUCAUCUAUUUGUGCUGGAAAAUUAAAAAGAAAAUAAAUGAGCAUCUACGCUGUAUGUUUAAAAUCUGUUAAUGGAAUCUGGUCAUACACAAGUUGGAACUGAAGUUGUGAGACAAGACAAUAUUUGACUUUUUGAUUUGAGGAUAAGCAGAGCUCUGAUUUAGUUUCAAACGAAAGUUCGUUGUCUAAAAUAAAACGCCACAGUCAACUAGAUUUUGUGUCUUCUGAAAAUAUUUAAGGUGACAUUUUGAUUGCACGGUCACCAUUUUAUUGCACCGUCUAUUUACAGUAGGUGUCUGUAAAAUUGAAUAUUAUGAGGUUGUUUGUCAUUCAAAGUAUAAAUAAUCUAAACAAAAUAUCCUUUCCACUGUCGAUGUUAACAUUUUUCUGCAAUUAAAGAAUGAAUGGACUGUUUUUCAAUCUUUGCUAAACAGAAUUUAAAAGGCAACACAUAGCUCCUAACAAUAAUUUGCACUUAGUGAAAAUUUGUUUAACCUCCCAUCAUUUUUGUGAUGAAAUGAGUUCCAGUACUACACAAAAACAAGCUUUAUUCUAUUUAAAGAUGAAUGUUGAUAAAGCUUGGGCUUAAACAAGAUGCAAGUUGGUGCUAGUUUUUAUUGUGUUUUAAGCUUUCGUUCAGCUCUGCAUUUCAGAAACAUGGAAAUAACUUCCGCUAUUCAGAAUUCAAGCCUUAAAUAAUAAGAAACUAAAACACGUAACAUUAAGACUUGGGUUUACAAACUGUACUGUGCAGUCUCUUCAUAGACUCUCGCUGAGAAUGACAGAACUAGCAGUGGACACUACUAGUGUUUGGAAGAUGUGAUGUUUACUUGACCUCCGAAUGGCAGUCAAAGGCUGCGCUGCACUGCAUUUGCUUUGGUGGUGGGUUCAAAUAAAGAUGCAAAAGGGGGUAGGAAUCACUCAUGAAAAUAAUUUUUUGUCAAUAUUUUGUACAAUCUGUGAAAUCCAAACAUUGUCUCCUUGUUUUAAAAGGUUUAUAUGCAAAAUGUUUUCAAGUUUUGACAAUGUUCUUAUGUAAAAAUAAAACCUAUUUUGGUACCUUU